GGGACAGCGGGGAAGGCGGCGCCGCUGCGGAGCCUGCGCUCGCCGCACCCUCGGCGCCCCGCCCGCACCCUCAGCUCCCGCCCGCAGGCCGGUGGCGCUGGGCGGUGUCUGCAGAAUCCCUGCCUGCGCCUGGCCCCGGUGGCCGCGCCGCGCCGAGACCCAGAAGCCGCGCCGCAGAGAGGAGGCCGGAGCCGGCAGCGACCCGUCAUGGAGGCUCGCUACAACCUGAAGAGUCCUGCUGUUAAACGUUUAAUGAAAGAAGCGGCAGAAUUGAAAGAUCCAACAGAUCAUUAUCAUGCACAACCUUUGGAGGAUAAUCUUUUUGAAUGGCACUUCACAGUUAGAGGGCCCCCAGAUUCUGAUUUUGAUGGAGGAGUUUAUCAUGGACGAAUAGUACUACCACCAGAGUAUCCCAUGAAACCACCAAGCAUUAUUCUUCUAACGGCUAAUGGACGAUUUGAAGUGGGCAAGAAAAUCUGUUUGAGCAUCUCAGGACAUCAUCCUGAAACUUGGCAGCCUUCAUGGAGUAUAAGAACAGCAUUGUUAGCCAUCAUUGGGUUUAUGCCAACAAAAGGAGAAGGAGCCAUAGGUUCUCUAGAUUACACACCUGAGGAAAGAAGAGCACUUGCCAAAAAAUCACAAGAGUUCUGUUGUGAGGCAUGUGGCUGCACCAUGAAGGAUGUCCUGCUGCCUUUAAAAUCUGGAAGUGAUUCAAGCAAGGCUGACCAAGAAGCCAAGGAACUGGCUAGGCAAAUCAGUUUUAAGGCAGAAGUCAAUUCAUCUGGAAAGACUAUUGCUGAGUCGGACUUAAACCACCCCUUUUCACUAAAUGAUUUACAGGACAAUAUACCUACCACAUUCCAGGGUGCUACAGCCAGUACAUCGAAAUAUCCUCUGAUGAGGAUUAACAACAACGAAAAGAAAAAACAACCCACAUCCUAUUAUACAGAGAGGAAGUAUGCAGUCCAGAACCCCUCAGGAGAAUCCCUUCAACCACCUGCCCCACCUGUAGCUAAGAAUACCUCCGUGAGUCCUCGGCAGCGCAGGGCCCAGCAGCAGAGUCAAAGAAGGUCGUCCAGUUCACCAGAUGUCAUGCAGGGCCUGCAGCCCAGAGACAACCACACUGAUCAUGGCGGGUCUGCUGUACUGAUUGUCAUCUUGACUUUGGCACUGGCAGCGCUUAUAUUCCGACGAAUAUAUCUAGCCAAUGAGUACAUAUUUGAUUUUGAGUUGUAAUACUGUUUUGUGUCUUAAGAGCUGUGACUCACUGCUUCAUUAAACAUUCUUCAUUGGGUAUAGUCUAAGAAUUGUUUACAAAAAAUUUAUUUUGUAUUUACCCUGCAUUCCUUUUUUUUAUCCUUAUAAACUCAGUAAAACUAUAGCUAGUCAUUCAGACUGUGUCCUGCUUAGUUUAAGGGACUGGAAGUGAAGUCCCUUGUCUCAUUAUAUAUAGCCCGCUUUACAGGGAAAUAAUAUGUUAUUUCUCAUGCUUUAGCUUGUUUUUAUGUAAAUUUGUGAUAGUUUCUGUAUAGCCCUUUUAAAUUUUUGGAUAAAAGAUGGUGUUUUUAAGUUCCAAUGAGUAUUAGUAGUUACUAUCAUUUAUUCAGUACUCUGUUUCUACUUAUGUAGAACGAUAGAGGGAUAAGAGUUAAAAAGGCAAAGUAAAGCCCCUCCAAAAGCUUACUUCAUGGGAAACAUUGGGAUUACCCAUUCUGUGGUACACUUUAUGUCCUAAACAUUGUCAGUGAAACUUACUAUUUCAGUCAAACAUUUAUGAGGAAAUGAGGUUACAUCUUGGUUACUGGAUUUUACUUAAAGAGGGAAUAAUGCUUUGUAACCACUUUGAUAUGUUGUUAUUCCAUUCUCUCCAAAGAGCACCUAAGAUUUAAAAGAAAGAAAACAACCCUCCAUAGAUCUUUGUAGGUAGGUAGGUAGGUAGGAAGGAAGGAAGGAAGGAAGGAAGGAAGGAAGGAAGGAAGGAAGGAAGGAAGGAAGGAAAGGUUCAAGCCAGGAAAUCACUUGGUUUUAUUCUAGAAGUUAAGUGAGAGUAUCUUAAGAUUUGAAUGUUUAAUCUGCUUUGAAUUGUAUAUCUUUUGAGAUGUAUAUAUGCCUAGCUUUGUAAUCACUAUAAAUUUAAUUAUUCUGGAGUAUGCAUAAUGUUAUACUAUUUCUUGUACCAUAUUAAUAGAAGAGCUCAGGGCCGAAGCAAUAGUGAUAGAAAUUAGAAAAACCUUUACUUGGAAUUGUACACGUACACAAAGCCCAAGAAGUAAUUUUCCGCGCAAAAUCAAUAUAUAACAUAGUGCUAGUUAGCUCCACAGACUUUAGUAGACACUUUGACCAUCGUAGUGCCUAGCGAAAACCAUUACAGAGAAACUUUGCCUUCAUUCAGCAUGUUCAGUAGCAGCAUUGAAGGCACUCUUGAGAGCAUUAUUAGUGAAGAUUUAAUUUUUAAAUACAGGCAGUCCCCAGCUUUCAAAUAGGUUAUGCUCUAAAGAUGCAUUUAUAAGUUAAUUUUUUUACACUUCAAUGUUGUAAAUGUGUUUAGGUUCUAGACAAGUCCACACAAAAAGUUAGUCCAUAAUGUAUCUUGAAUAAUUUGGGGGAUGGUAUCCAUAAAGUCCUUAUGUGGUUUUAACUAACUGAAAUUAUGGGCAUGAUAGAAACAAUUUGUAAAAUGAUUUUAAAGGCAAAUUUAAUUUUUACUUCUGCUAUGGGACUUUGGUUCUAUAAGUGUCACACAAUUUCUGUGUCUCUCUUAAUAGCCAUUUUUCCUUUAGGUCUGCAUUUAAAAUAAGAGUAUACUGUGGUAUAAUACAUAAUGGUAUUAAACUUUAAUAAUUUUAACAGUGUUUACAGAUAGUUUCUGUUAUAUCUACAAUGAAGGUGGUAAAGUCUAAAAAGCCCAAGGACUUUAUGAAGACCUCAUAUGUUAGGAAAACUAUAGGUUACCAUUUUAGAACUUUAUUGCCACGAGAAAAUGCAUUCUGAAGUCUUGGUUUAGAACAUAAGAUAUUAAAAAUAUUGGUUCAGUUAUCAGUGGUCUCCUAACAGGUCACUGACCCUGGAAAGCCAGGUAAUGUUAUCACCAGAGGAGGAAAUCCCUGCGCUCUCAGCCUAUGUGGGGAUGAAUCAUAUGCUAGAAACAGUCUUCCCUCCGUUUCCUCUCAGUCAUUCCUUGAGCCAGCCUCCGGAGCUAUGUGAUCUUCUUGCAUGUUUCCAUGGGAUAUAGGAAGUACCUAUACUUUCAAAUUGACUAAGCCAAGAAAUUUUACAUUGUGCAGAUCCUUUUGUGUCCGAUUAGCUUCUCUUCCUUCGUGUCAAAUGGCAGACCACCUUCUUCGUGUUCGGAUUUAUUUUUAACACCUGACACACGUAUCUAAACGUGACAUCCUUUAUGCUCCUUUCCUUUCAGCUUAAAUAUGUUACUUAAAAAUCCUUAAGUUGUCAGUCUGACCUCCAUUGUGGAGUUCAUGAGCAAAAUUGAUCUUUGGGGCCAUUUUAAUUCACACUCCACUGAUGGGCCUCUUCAAUAAACUUAUUUUUAAAGCUGCACUUUAACCCUUUACUUACAGCAUAACCAGAUGCAUGAUCUGGCAGGUAAAGGCUUGGGACUCAAUCUUUCCCCAGUCUUCAGAUUUAUGUAACUCAGUGACUUUUUCUUUGGCCAACAUAUCACAUGCCUGUAUGCUAAGGUAGUUCAAAUUAGCAUGCUUGAAGAGAUAUAUAAUGUCUGUUUCACCUGUAACUGUUUAAACAAAUGUAAACUUUCAGAUUUUAUGUAUUGUGGGGCUUUUAUGUAGCACUUUACAUUUUCAUGCUGCUGAUUGUUUUUAUUCUGAAAUAAAUGAAUUUCAUCAAAA